ACUAAAGAUGGCUGCCCCCUUGCGUAAAAUGAGAUUCCUGCAGAAUUUUGUAUUGAACCAAUAUACUAAGGGAUAUGUAAACACAUAUGUGAAAAAACACCGAUGUAACUUCUGCAAUAGCAUUCCCGCUUACACUAGUCAUGUAUAUAAUGUACAAGGUGUGAAUAGUUUUUCAUAUAGAACACAUCACUGCAGUGAGUUGAAACUAGCCGAUGUUGGCAAGCACGUGAAACUGUGCGGUUGGGUGCAGCAUCAGCGAAUGGGUUUGUUUGUCACCCUCAGAGAUUCACAUGGUGUUACACAACUUGUUAUUCCGGAAGAUAAGGUAUCUCUUCAGCAAGAGCUCUCCGACUUACCACUGGAGUCGGUAAUAUUGGUACAGGGUGCAGUCAAGCCUAGACCUGAAGGUGAACAAAACAAGAAAAUACCCACAGGAGACGUAGAGGUAGUUCUGUCCGAAUUCCAACUACUGAACCCUUGCAGGCCUAAUCUGCCUUUCCAUAUCGGUGAUCACUCUCAGGCAAAUGAAGCCGUAAGGAUGCAAUAUCGCUACUUAGAUCUCAGAAGAACACAGAUGCAGCAGCGGCUACGCAUCAGGUCUGAAAUGGUAAUGAAGAUGAGAGAAUUCCUGUGCAACCAGCAUGGAUUUAUCGAUGUAGAGACACCAACACUCUUCAAGAGAACUCCUGGGGGUGCCAAGGAGUUUGUCGUUCCUACUCAUUAUCCAGGAAGGUUCUACUGCUUGCCACAAAGUCCGCAGCAGUUCAAGCAGCUACUAAUGGUCGGUGGUAUCGAUAGGUACAUGCAGAUAGCUCGGUGCUACCGUGACGAAGGUUCGAGAUCUGAUCGACAACCAGAAUUUACCCAGGUUGAUCUUGAAAUGUCUUUUAUAACUCAGGAGGGGAUAAUGUCACUUGUUGAAGGGGCCAUUGCACAUUCCUGGCCAAGUAUCCACAGCAAAAUAGCUAAGCCUUUUCCUCGAAUCAGAUAUGAAAAUGCAAUGGCUCGAUAUGGCACAGACAAGCCGGAUACAAGGUUUGAAAUGACAAUAGUUGACGUUACCGAGGAUUUCAAGGAAUGUCAUGCAUCUGUUAUACAGGCACAGUUGCAGAUAGAUGGCGCCACAGCACAAGUUAUCAAUAUAAGACAUGGUGCAGCAUAUAUUUCCAAAUCAGAGAUAGAGAAAUUACAGACAAUGGGGAAAGAGCAAUUUAGUGUACAGGCGCAUAGCCAGCAUUAUGAUCUCGUCUUGAAUGGCCAGGAGAUUGGUGGCGGCUCCAUACGUAUCCAUGACGCAUGCUUACAACGGUAUAUCCUAGAGGAAGUGCUACAGGAACGUUCAAGUGAGUUGGCACACUUACUGGAGGCUCUGGAAAUGGGGUGCCCUCCCCAUGGAGGCAUAGCACUAGGUUUGGAUCGGCUAGUCGCAAUUGCCUGUGGAACGGAUACCAUCCGGAAUGUGAUUGCCUUCCCGAAGACUGGCGAUGGCAAAUGUGCGAUGAGUGGUGCACCUGCUGAACUAGAACCUAGAGAGCUAGAGCGAUACCACAUAAAGGUGAAAUCUUGAUUCGUUAACAGUGUACAAGUUUAGCUGAUAUUGACCACCAAUGGUGAAAACCUACUGAUAAACUCAUGGUGAUAGCAUUCGCUGAUAAACCAAUGGUGACAACAUACUGAUAAACUCGUGGUGAUAGCAUAGUGAUAAACCAAUGGUGACAGCAUUUACUGCUAAACCAAUGGUGACAGUGUCCUUAUAAGCCAAUGGUGACAGUGUCCUUAUAAACUAAUGGUGACAGUGUAUCGAUAAACCAAUGGUGACAGUGUAUCGAUAAACCAAUGGUGACAGUGUAUCGAUAAACCAAUGGUGACAGUUUACUGGUAAACUCCGGCUGACAAUGGGCAGAUAAAUGUUGACAUUGUUUUCACCUGUUGGUGAUGGUUUUUUGGCCAUGCUGACUGAGACAUCUUGACACACUAGGUGGUAACCCUCUAAGCAGAGAGUGAUCUGAGAUGUUGUGCGAGGGUGCGUUAUGCGAGAAGGCAUAGUUAAAUAUGUUGUGCUGUAGUUGACUAAUACGAUUCACUGGUUGAGCGUUGACACUGAGAGGGUAUGUCAUCUUAUUACACUAUAGUUUGUAAUUGUAAGUAAAAAGUAAUCUAUAUUUUCAAGUUAUGACGAUGACUACUGCAUUUUGUUUGUUUGUUGUUAGGGUGACCUUGAAGUCAUUAAACAGUGUAAAAUUUAAAA